GGGAGGGGCGUGUAAACAGAGAGAAUCCCGAACAAAGAAGAAGCGAAUUUACUUCAACCGAUAAAUCGAGUGAGUUAAGGUUAUCAUCAUGCCGAUUCGCCGGUCAGCUGCGGCUCCUCCCAAGGAGGACACGCCCCCAGCACCUGAGUCAGAGGCUAAAACCAAGUCUGGCGAGUCCACAUCUGCAGAGGAGGAACAGAAAGCAGCCCCGGCCGCUUCAGAGGGAGAGGAGAGCGGAGACGCGGGAGAGAAGUCCACUAAAAACGCUCCAGAGGAUGGAAAAGCAGGAGAGGACAGAGAAACCGGGGAGGGGGAGAAAUCAGAGAAGAGCGGAGCAGAGGAGCAAGGGAAAAAGAAGAAAAAGAAGGACGCUGCAAAAAAAGCAGAGGAGAAGGAAGGAGGCGACGAGAAGAGUAAAAAGGUGAAAAGGAAAAUCCCUGCUUGGGCCACCAUGUCGGCCAGCAAACUCGCCUAUGCCCCAAAAAGCGUUUCUGUGUCACAGCCCAAAGUGGAAGAAAUCCUCCUCGAUGCUAUUCAGAACUGUAAGGAGCGAUCCGGCGCGUCUAUCUUCACCAUCAUGAAAUACGUGACGAAGAAAUAUUCCUCCAUGGAAAUGGACAAACGGACGAAAAGCCAGUAUAAGAAGGCGAUGAAGAAGCUGGUGGAAAAAGGAGCGGUCAAGCAGCUGAAAGGCAAAGGCUUCUCGGGAAGUUUCACCAUCGGGAAGCUCCCUACCGAGUCAAACUCUAAGAAGAAGCCUUCGACCUCAAGCUUCUCUGGAACGAAGGGCGGGACCCUGGGCGAGGCGCUGCCGCUGAUCAUGACUCGCCUCUGCGAGCCCAAGGAGGCUUCAUACAUCCUCAUCAAGAAAUAUCUGGAGCAGCAUUUCCCCCAGCUCAACGUAGAGAGCAGGCCUGACGUGCUAAAGAACUGCCUGCAGAGGUCUGUGGAAAAGGGAUACUUGGAGCAAAUCACCGGGAAAGGUGCCUCAGGGACCUUCCAGUUGAAGAAGUCUGGGAAUAAGGUCCUCCUGGCUGGUGGGCUCCUGGAAGAUGCAAUCGUCGCUGCAAUCACCGCCAUGAAUGAGCCCAAGUGCUGCAGCAUAAGCGUGCUGCGCAAGUUCCUGGUAGAGAAUCACCAAGACAAAACGGUUUAUUUCAUCGUGGCAAACCUGAAGAGAACACUGCAGAGGUGUAAGAUGAUGGGCUGGAUGGAACAGAUCACCGGUCACGGGCUCAGCGGUUCUUACCAGCUCAGCUACCCGUUUUACCCGAGUCCAGAUAUGCUUUUCCCAGAAAUGAUGGAAAAAAUCAAACAGAAGGAGAAAGAGAAGCUCAAACAGCAAAAGAGGAGGCGAGAGGAGGAGUCUGAAGAAGAGGAGGAGGAGGAGUCUGAAGAGGAAGAUGAAGAAGAGGAAGAGUCAGAGGACGAGGAGCCUGCUCCUCGUAAGAGGAGUCAGAAGAGGCCCCCACCCAGAAAGCGUCAGCCUCCACCACCCAGAAAAAAACCCAAGACUACCAGCAGAAAGCCUGCGCCCGCGAAGAGACCGGCAGCUUCACCUAAGAAAACCUCAGCCUCCGAUAACAAAGCGGCUUCCAAGAAGAUACCUCCACCCGCUAAAGCCACGCCGGUCAAGAAAGCUGCUCCAGCCCGAAAGCCCAAAACGCCCAUCGCCAAGAAGAUGACGAGCCGAGUGUCCAAGCGACCGGUGCCCAAGAAGACGCCAGCCAAGAAGCAAGAUACUCCCUCUGCAGCGGAGUCUAAAUCUGUUGCUCGAAAGUCUCUCAGGGCCAGGAAAUGAUCUCCUGACGAUCCCACAGUCAACUGUAGCUCUCGUCACUGCAGUGCUUUGCUAUUUCUUUCGUUUUAAAAUCAUUUUAGUAGCUUCACUGUUCUCAAAGCCCCCUGUUAGAAAGACGUUUGUUUGUUUGUUUGUUUGUUUUUUUCCUUCUGCAAUCUGUGUACCGUAGUGCUACAUAGGAGAAUUUCAGUUUUGUUUCUCUUUAUUUUAUUUUUAUUUUUUUAAUGACGAGUUGUUGUGUUCAGAGUAUGUUGACACUGCUGUGAGAUCUGAUGUAGGUGCCGCCAUGUUGUCUUGACUGUGCACAUAAAGAUGAUUUUUUCGA